AUGUCCGAUCGGGACAAUGUAAUCGUCUCUUCCGGGCAGGAACUUCUCGCCUACGGGACCGACGGGGACCUUCGGCUUCACACCUGCACAAAGGUCGGGCCGGGCCAUCCUUCCAACGUUGCCUGCGGCGUAGCCAUAUCAAGCUGUGGCAACGUAACCAGCAUCGCCUACCCAUCCUGGCUCGUCCAUGACGACUCCACUUCCCUCCACUCCCACUGCGGUUACCGAGGCUUCGAGCUGAUUUGCCGGAACAACACCCCGAGCAUCCACCUUCCCUCCAGCAAUUACUCAGUCACCAACAUCGACUACGAAACCCGUACCAUCUCCCUCGUCGACGUCGACAUCGUCUUCGUCCGUGAAGAGUGCCCUCGAUUUGUCCAACCAACAUCGAGUACAUCACAACCUCACCUUCGAUCCCGACUCAAUUCUGCGCUACGCUCCCUCCGACGUCAACCUCACCUUCUUCUUCGACUGCAUCGACGGCCCACCGGAUCUCCACAUCCCCUACCUCGGCUCCGCUGGUGGAAACCGGUCCUAUGUCUUCACGACCGAAAUGAUGAGAGAGUCUUAUCACCAUCUUCCACGGACGUGCUGCUGGCUUAUAUUGUAGAUGACUUACCUACCCGAUACGGAGGGGUGUUGCAGAGUGGAUUCAAUUUGAGUUGGCCAAACGUGACCUCCGGCGACUGCGGCAGCUGCGAGCGCUCCGGCGGGCGGUGUGGGCUCAACCGGACGAUCAACUCCACCCGGGAUUUCGCCUGCUUCUGCUCGAAUGGAGUAAAGACAUUUCAUCCCCAUUGUGCAGGUCUGUCAGUCAGUAUAUCUUCGUAUUUACUCGCUCUUUUCUAGUGCCACUGAUCGAUCAAUUUCAGUGUUUCCUUGCUGGGUUUCUGGCCGCAUGCAGUAGCUCAGCUAAUUGAAGAUAGUCAAAGUGGACAAAUCAUUCACACUAAUUUGACAUCAGUUUUUUGAUA